ACAACUUCUUCAUCACACUUGAUCACCUUCAAUUCCUUUACUACCUAUACAAACAAGUUUCGAUCAUUCGAUGGCUUCGAACUUGGUGGUCGGUUUUUUGGCAAUCUUUUCUAUCAUUUUACUGUUAGCAGGUACCUCCGACGCAUGGCUAAGGAAGCCACACUUUUAUGCCUCUAGCUGCCCCAACGUUGAACAAAUUGUUUUUAAUACGAUGAAGCAAGCCGUUAGUAAGGAACCGCGUAUGGGUGCUUCCAUACUUCGUUUGUUCUUCCACGACUGCUUUGUAAAUGGUUGUGAUGGCUCAGUACUCUUGGAUGAUACACCAACUUCGCAAGGAGAAAAAAUGGCUUUUCCGAAUCGAAACAAUUCAAUAAGGGGUUUUGAGGUGAUUGAUGCAAUAAAGUCUAAUGUUGAAGCUGCUUGUUCUGGAACUGUAUCAUGUGCGGACAUCCUAGCUCUAGCAGCACGUGACGGAGUUCAAUUGCUGGGAGGCCCCACAUGGAAUGUAAAACUAGGUAGAAGAGAUGCAAGAACAGCAAACAUGACUUUAGCAAACCUAAAUCUACCACCAGGGAAUGCUCCCCUCUCGAAUCUGACGGAACUGUUUGCAAGACAAAAUCUAAACAUAAGGGAGAUGACCGCCCUCUCCGGAGGCCACACCAUCGGGUUUGCUCGGUGCACCAACUUCCGAGACCACAUCUACAACGACAGCAACAUCGACCCUAACUUUGCUGCCACACGCAAGGCUAGCUGCCCUAGACCUACCGGAACUGGAGACUUCAACUUGGCCCCUAUGGAUAUUCAAACUCCCAACACAUUUGACAAUGAUUAUUACAAAAACCUUGUUGCGAAACGAGGAUUACUACACUCCGAUCAAGAGCUUUACAACGGGGGUUCUCAGGACUCGUUGGUGAAGAUGUAUAGCACUAAUCAAGCUUUGUUCUUCCAAGAUUUCGCGGCUGCUAUGAUCAGAAUGGGUGACCUUAAACCUCUUACUGGUACUAAUGGGGAGAUUCGAAACAACUGUCGCGUUAUCAAUUAAUUUGUUUAUGUAGUUUCACAAUCACGUACCGACGUAAGUAUACUUUCAAACUUUGUACUACGUAAAUGCAUAACGCAAUGUUAAUUUUGUAACAAUAUGUGUUUUUAUUGGUUUUUACACUGAUAAUUGUAUUAUGUGCGGUAUGCCAUUCACACGUUUAACCAUCUUUA